AUGCCGGCCUGCUGGCUCGCACUGGUGUUCGGCUCUCUCACCCUUUGCGCACGUGGCGAUGCGUGCGAAGAGGACGAAGUAAAGGUGGUGCUUCUCCAGACGCAAGUCAGAAUUGCUGCUUCUUCUCCCGCUCUGAAACCCGUGGGCCACAGCUUCUAUUCAACUGACCCAGCUCGUUCAGCGGCCUGGUGGCUGAGAUACAGCACUUCGCAACUUCUGCCUGCAGCGUUCCAGAGCCGCCUGAACCUCGUCGGCCUUGCAGAAUCGGAGGAGGCUUCUGCAGUUCAGCUCCGGGAUUCUGACGGCCCGAUAAAGCAGCUUCACUUCUUCAAGGCGCCAAAUUCGAGGAGCACUGAAGGCCUGGCCAUGGAGGACUUUGUGAAAGCAGCAGAGCUGUCAUGGGAUUCAGUAAUGCAGUGGCAGCAGCUCUACAGCCCGUGGACGGACUUCCACGUCGGACUGAAGGUCGACACGAUGAGAGCUGAUCAUCUUCAGGAGGACAACUAUUCCUUCCAGUACUACGUUCCGAAGCUGGCGAAUGAGAGCUGGAACUGCAAGGUUAUCCGGGCGUACAUCCCGAAUACUACCUGGACAGUUGAAUGGCAUGCAGACCUCUUGUCUCCGAGGCUUCUGGAUCAGGAGUUUUUGGAGUCCAGGAGAACCGAAGAUCCGGACCAUUGCAGAGGCUUCGAGGGCCCGGAGAUGAGAGAAACUUGGUGGAAGAGCACUUUUGCCGUGGCCAACGCCUCUGCAGCACGAGACUUUGCCAUCAAAGUCCUUGCUGCCGUUCCAAGAGGUGAGCCAUAUCCUUGGCCUCCACAGCCGGACUGCAUCGCCGCCCAAUGGGUCACGUUGCCCGACGACGGUGCCGGGGAGCGGACGCCCGUGCAGUUGCACUUUGUCGAGGAUGGCAUUUACAGCUCUAUCUUGCAUGGCCUUCCGGAGCUGCUGCAAUAUCAGCGAGACUUCGUUCGAAGUCAUCAAGAUUGCAUCAACAGCUUCAUGCUUAACAAUUUGGUACUGGAGACAGCAUCAUUGGAUCCUUUUAUUAGGCGGCUAGCUGAGACCUUGACGCCGCACUUUGUCUUCCAGGUCUCCGAUGGAUUUGCCCUCAUCUUCUCAUUCCCCGGCAACGAGAUGGUCACUCUGCAGAUUCGAAGCCGACAUAGCAGCUUAGUUUCACCCACGCCGGUAAAGUUUUGUACAUAG